AUGUCAUAUUGUGCUAGCACUGGUUUGUCUCUGUCGUGUCCCUGUCUGGCGGUGUGUGCGCGCAUGCAGGCAGCCUAUCACAGCUGCACCAUUCGCAUUUACCAUUCGCAUCUCCACCACAAAUUUCUCACCACACUUCUUCCCAUGUUCAGAUCCAGAGCGAGACACUUUUGCAUGUCGGCCCGCCGCUGGGCGGACGUGCAAGUCACAGUGGAUGGUAAGACCGUGCUGAUCGAGGCUGGCUCGUCCAUCAUCCAGGCUGCGGAAAAGGCCGGCGUCACCAUUCCGCGCUACUGCUACCACGACAAGUUGGCCAUUGCUGGUAACUGUCGUAUGUGUCUCGUCGAUGUCGAGCGCAUGCCCAAGUUGAUUGCAUCGUGUGCAAUGCCCGUGCAAAAUGGCAUGGUGGUGCACACCACCAGUGAGCGUAUCACCAAGGCGCGCGAGGGUGUUACCGAGAUGUUGUUGCAGAACCAUCCUUUGGAUUGUCCUGUUUGUGACCAGGGUGGUGAGUGUGACUUGCAAGAGCAGUCGCAGCGGUACGGGUCCGACCGUGGCCGUUUCAUGGAGGUGGCCGGAAAGCGUGCCGUUGAAAACAAGGCUAUUGGACCUUUGGUCAAGACGCUGAUGAAUAGAUGUAUCCACUGCACGCGGUGCGUGCGGUUCAUGAACGAUGUUGCGGGUGCUCCAGAAUUUGGUACUGCUGGCCGUGGUAACGACAUGCAGAUCGGCACCUACGUCGAGCGCAACAUCAACUCCGAAUUGUCGGGAAACAUCAUCGACUUGUGUCCUGUGGGAGCAUUGACCUCGAAGCCAUAUGCAUUCAAGGCCCGUCCAUGGGAGUUGAAACGCACAGAGACCAUUGACGUCAUGGAUGCUCUCGGUUCCAACGUCCGUGUGGACGCCCGUGGUGCCGAGGUGAUGCGUGUGAUGCCCCGUGUCAACGAUGACAUCAACGAGGAGUGGAUCUCUGACAAGUCGCGGUUUGCAUGCGAUGGACUCAAGACCCAACGUUUGACCACGCCUUUGGUGCGCAACGGCGACCGUUUUGAGCCUGCGUCCUGGGACGAUGCCUUGGCAACCGUGGCUGCAGCCUACAACAAGCUUGCUCCAAGCGGCAGUGAAUUCCGUGCCGUUGCCGGUGCUUUGGCUGACGCUGAGUCUAUGACUGCUCUUAAAGACCUUGCUAACCGUUUGGGCUCGGAAAACACCACCACAGACGUGAAGCAAGUUGCCCUUAGCGGCGUGGACGUGCGUUCUAACUACGUAUUCGGCUCGACCAUUGACGGCAUUGAGGAUGCUGACCAGAUCUUGCUUGUGGGUACCAACCCUCGUCAUGAAGCUGCUGUGUUGAAUGCUCGUAUCCGUAAGGUGUGGUUGCGUCUGGACCUCGAAAUCGCUCACGUUGGCCAGGAGUUCGACUCUACCUUCAACAUGACUCGCUUGGGUGUCUCUGCCAAGGACUUGGCCUCCGCUUUGGCUGGCUCCUACGGCAAGAAGUUGGCUGGUGCUAAACGCCCUAUGAUUGUCAUUGGCUCGGGUGUGGCUGCUUCUCCAGAUGCUGAAGCCAUCUACAAGACCGUGGCUGAGUUUGCCGCCAAGAACAACAACCUCCAGAGUGAAGAAUGGAACGGUGUCAAUGUGUUGCACCGUGAAGCUGCUCGUGUGGCCGCAUUGGACCUCGGUUUCCAAAGCAACGACUCUACGACGCCUAAGUUCGUGUACUUGCUUGGAGCUGAUGAGAUUGCUGCUCGCGACAUCCCCAAAGACGCCUUUGUCGUGUACCAGGGCCACCAUGGUGAUGCUGGUGCCGCUUUGGCUGACGUGAUUUUGCCUGGUUCUGCUUACACAGAAAAGUCGGCUACGUAUGUGAACACUGAAGGCCGUACACAGAUCACCCGUGCCGCCACAAAUGCCCCAGGUGCCGCUCGUGAAGACUGGAAGAUCGUGCGUGCCUUGUCCGAGUACUUGGGUGCGCCAUUGCCAUACGACGACUUGUACGCCGUGCGCGAGCGUAUGGGCGAGAUUGCACCAUCCUUGGUGCGCCACGAGGUUGUGGAACCAGUUUCCGUUGGUAUUGCCAAGCUUGGUCUCCAACAGGCCGCUGGCAGCCAUGCCCAGGUUGGCAGCAGCGAGUUGAAGAACCCAAUUGCCAACUUCUACUUCACAGACGUGAUCUCGCGGUCGUCGCCCACGAUGGCCAAGUGUGUGGCGUCUUUUGGCGCCAAGAUCGACAAGAUCACAGACCCAAAGCCAGACGUCAACUUCUAG